UGCCUGAAAGCCACCACGCCUUCCAUCAUAACUGCAGUCCAUCUGCCUCUCUCUCCGCAAGCGAUCAGCAAACCCUAUCUCUCGCUUCCCCAACAAUGGCAAACAACUUUUACAUCCAGCUGCCCGCCAACCAAACGCCGCCCACCGCCAAGCCCGUCGGCCGCCGUCCUCCGCUCACGCCCUCGAGCGUCUCGCCACCUUCAUUGACCACGCACAACUCGUGCGCCUCCCGCCAUGACGCCGGCACUCCGCCCGUCAAGGCCACGACCAUCCUCACGCGAAUGGCUUCGCACUCUUCCACGCGCGCCAGGAACUCCCAAUCGAGCCCGCCACAGUCUCCUGAGGACAGGCAAAGCAUGCACGCCGACUCAUCCGACUACUGGUUCUCCGAGCGCAAAGAGGGCGGUUACAUCAGCUUCCCCGACUUUGAAAAGUACUGCCAGUCCACCGCCAGCAGCGAGCGCAGCGACAGCCACUCCGAGUACCAAGAGGACCGGACUUGAAGAGGCGCAGAGCAAGGAUUGAUUUUCGACCAUCGACCAGCGACAGCGCUUUGUCGUCCAUCGUUUUCAUCGUCAUCAGCACCAUCAGCACCCCCCAUCACCCAGACCCACGAACCCUGGAAAGGGUAGUCCCCAGAUCCACUCCCCGGCUCCAGAAGCAACGUCCGCGCCUUGUGCCUUUGUUCGCACCUGCGCGGACAGCGAGUGGAUAAGACUACGUGGAAGUCGUAGCGGUAACCCCCCAAGGGCAUUGAUCAUUUCCCGUCAU